AUGGCGCUCGUCUCCGCGCCCGCGCCCGCCGCGGUGUGGACGGCUGUGUCGCCGCCGGCCGAGGCGAACGGGAGCUCCGACAGGAAGAAGAAGUCGGUGCCCCUCCUUUUUACCCUUUUCGGCAAAAUUUGGAUUUCGCCCCCGAUUUCCUCUUUUGUUAUUGUGUGUGUUUUGCUUCUGGGUCACAAUGUUCUGAAUUAUGUGGCUGUGACCCAUGUUAUAACAAGCCUAUUCAUGGUGUUCAACAGAAUACACCACCAGGCUUGCCUUUGCAAGUUGUUCGACCAGCAGAGGCUGGUCAAAAUUCAACGGUAUAAAUCUUGUUCAAACAUGACAUGGAAUUUGCAAGAUACCAAAUGGACUUUUUUAGAAGAAAAUGCACUUGCAAAAAGUCAGGCUGCCUUAAGAAAUACUGUGACUGCUACCAGGGAGGGGCAGGAUGCUCCAUCAACUGUAAAUGCGAUGAUUGUAAAAACCCAUAUGGGAAAAAAGUGUUUACAACUGGCUAUAUGGUGUUACGUUGGUGUCAUUUUGGAUGGUAAAAGUAUUCUUGCCACACCCACACCCGGACCCACUCCGAUUGAAAGGAAUGGAACGGAAGUUAUCUCAAGUGAUGAUGACGACGACGAUGAAGAUGAUUAUUACAUGAAUCGUCCACUGUCCCCUAUCCCCCCGUCUCCAGUAUCCCGAGAGUCUUCAUUCCAACAGGAGACUCUAGUGGGCGUUGAAGUUCACACUGUGAAUGGGCACCUGUACCCGAAACCGCUGACCCAGGUGCGUCCAGAGACAUGGCAGCUCUCGAGGAGGCCUGCCGAGGAAGCACGGGGAGAACAAUGGCGCUACAUGAGGAGGCCCAGCGAGGACGGAACAUCCGAUGCUAUGGAAGGACACGCAGACCCCAAGUUUCAUCAUCAGAGAGACAACAACAACAGUAAACAGCGAGAGAGCCCUGCUGACAACAGGUUCAGCAUCCCGCGGUGCAUUGAGGUGAUGAACGGCAUGGCGGACCUCUCGCCGGUGGACAAGUCGCUCGCCCCGGACGUCUUCUUGGAUCCAAGCAACCGGGAGAUUUUCCUGUCGCUGAGUGUAGAUAUCCGGACCAUGUGGCUGAAGCGUAAGAUGAGGAGCCUUGUGUAG